AUAUUAUGUAUUGUUAAUUUAAUGAGAAGGAAUAUUAUAAGAUGUAAAUAUUAUUAAAGAAUAUUUAAAUUUUUAGCGGUGGUGGAUUAUAUGAUUAAGAAGGAAAUCAGAUAAAGAUUGGAAAGUGGAUAGAAUUAGAUAAAAAAUUUAAUCACCAUAAUUAGAUCAUAAAUAGUGGAGAAUAUAAUAUACAUGGUAUGAAGAUAGGUAGAUGGGAUAUUAUGUAUUGUAAAUAUAAAGAGAAGAAAUAUUAGAAGAUGUAAAUAUUAUUAAAGAUUAUUUAAAUUUUUAGCGGUGGUGGAUCAUAUGAUUAAGAAGGAAAUCAGAUAAAGAUUGGAGAAUGGGUAAAAUUACAUCACUAGUUUGAUUGUCAAAAAUAAGUCACUUGUAGGAUUGAUUAUGGUAUGAAUGGCCCAAAGUCAGGGAUAAAACGAUGAG